GUUAUGCUGAGUAUGCUCUGUGGUUGCAGCUAAGUCUGAUCUUCCACAUCAGAAAAGUUAUCCUUGGAAUUUUUGAUACGUUGUUGAAAAGCUAACGGUCUAGGACCGUAUUUGUGCUACCAAUCCGGGAUUGGUAAAGCGAGCCGGAGUGCUGCCGGUGUACAGUCUGGGACUGUGAUUCCAUUUGGUUUCGGACCAAGUUCACACCAAGGAGAGUGUGAUUAUGGAUGUGGUUGGGAGCAUCAAGAAGCUCAACAACCAGAAUUACAGCACAUGGGCAACGUGUUUGGAGUCCUACUUACAAGGACAAGGUCUAUGGAGCCUGAUUGGUGGGAGUGAGACACGAGAGCCUGCCGGAGAUAAUGAUGCCAUCGAGAAGUGGAAGAUGAGAGCUGGCAAAGCGAUGUUUGCCAUCAAGGUCACAAUUGAAGACGAAAUGCUGGAGCACGUCAGAUAUACCACCACACCGAAGGAUGCCUGGGACACACUAGCCUCUCGAUUUUCAAAGAAGAACGAUAUGAAGCUUCAACUCUUGGAGAAUGAGUUGCUGUCAACUGUUCAAGGCAAGAUGACAGUGAGUCAGUAUUUCACGAAGAUAAAAUCAAUCUGUCGUGAAAUAACUGAGCUAGACCUCAAGUCAAAAAUUGAAGAAGACAGAAUGAGGAGGAUUAUUAUUCAUGAUCUAGCUCCCGAGUAUAGAAGUUUUAUUGCUGCCGUUCAAGGAUGGCCAACUCCACCGACGCUCGAACAGUUGGAGAAUUUAUUAACCAACCAGGAGACUCUGACAAAGAAAGGCAACGGUGAGUCUACUGCAAAUGAAGAGGAGGCACUAUUCAGUAACAGACAAAAGGGCCAGUUUACAAGGAAAAACUUCAGACCAAGGCAAGAUAAAGAACAAGAUAGCCCAAGACAACCAAGAUAUCAAAAUGCUCGACGUGGAAGACCGCGUGUGUGGCAGGGUCAGGAGAAGAAGCCCAACAAUAACUUCAAACGAGAGAAUGAUGGAUGCUACAAUUGCGGCAAGAAAGGACAUUAUGCUCGAGACUGCUGGCACAAGAAAAGAAUGGAAGGGAAUGCUGCUAUGUCCAGUAAUCCUGAGGAGCAUAGUGAAGAAGAGUGGAACCUGGAAGUUUCUGCAGCAUCAGCAGAGGUGAUUGAAGAAUGUGCUGAAGAAGCAAGUGACUGUGAUCUGGUACUGUCAACUAUGACAGAAGAGUAUCAGAACAUAUUGGAGAUUGAAGAGGAAGACGGGGUAGAUCAAGCAUUAGCUACAUCACAUCAAAAGUCAGUGGAUUACAAGAAGAAUUGGAUCUUCGACUCGGGUUGUUCAAACCACAUGACUGGCGAUAAGGAGAAACUUAAGGACACAACAAAAUAUGAAGGACGCAGAGUUGUGGUGACAGCAAAUAACGCAAAACUUCCAAUAUCACACGUGGGGAGAACAAUGGUGACUUCAUCAUGCAACUCGAAGGAAUUUCAACUAGAUGAAGUCUACCAUGUCCCGGGGAUCAAGAAAAAUUUGUUGUCCAUAACUCAACUCACAGCACCAGGAAACUAUGUUGUAUUUGGCCCAGAUGAUGUCAAGGUAUGCAAAGAAAUCAAGAUCGUCGGCACGCCUCUCAUGGAAGGAUUAAAGAAGGAUUCAAUGUAUGUGAUGUCGGCAGAGUCAGCCUAUAUUGAUCGAGCAAGAAAAAAUGACACAGUUGACUUGUGGCAUGCUCGCCUCGGUCAUGUCAGUUAUCACAAGCUUCAAGUGAUGAUGAAGAAAUCUAUGUUGAAAGGUCUUUCCCAACUGGAGGUUCGAGACAACAUAGUCUGUGCAGGAUGCCAAUAUGGCAAGGCACAUCAGCUUCCCUAUGAGGAGUCACACUAUAAAGCAAAGGAGCCUUUGCAGCUGGUUCACUCAGACGUAUUUGGACGAGUUAAGCAAACAUCUAUAAGUGGUUGUCGUUAUAUGGUAACAUUUAUUGACGACUACUCCAGAUACGUGUGGGUGGCAUUCAUGAAGGAGAAGUCAGAAACCUUCAUGAAGUUCAAGGAAUUCAAAGAGAAGGUCGAAGCUGAGUUAGGAAGGAGAAUUAAAGUACUACGCACGGACAAUGGGGGAGAGUAUAAAUCUGAUGAGUUCUAUGAUUACUUAAAGAGACACAAGAUCAGGAGACAGUUGACCUGCCCGAGGACACCACAACAAAAUGGCGUGGCAGAAAGGAAGAACAGACAUCUUGCAGAAGUAGUCAGAAGUAUGUUGCAUGCCAAGAAUGUGCCAGGAAGAUUUUGGGCUGAGUGUAUGAAGACCGCAGUUUACAUCACCAACAAACUUCCUCAAGCAAGAUUUGGAUUCAUAUCACCAUUUGAGAAGAUAUGGAAGAUGAAGCCAACAGUCAGCCACCUCCGAGUAUUUGGAUGUGUAUGUUAUGUCCUCGUUCCAGAGCAAGAAAGAAGCAAGUUCGACAAGAAAGCAAAGCGAUGCAUCUUUCUUGGGUAUGACAGUGAGAGAAAAGGCUGGAGGUGUUAUGAUCCAACAACAAAUAAGGCAAUGGUUUCCAGAAAUGUUGUCUUUGAUGAAGCAUCCUCCUGGUGGACUCCUGUUGAAGUAUUAUUACCCGACAAGGAGAAAGAGAGUCAAGCUCAAGAAAGCGAGGGGGAGCAAUCUGAAGUGAAGGAAUCGACACAUCCAGACCCCAUGCCUGAAUCAAGUCAGAGCAAAGUAAUGCAGUCACCUAACCUCAAGGAAACAGGAGAGUUUGAAGAAUUUCUCCCAAGUCAAGAAGGAAUGCCAAAGACUAAUGAUGAUGAACAACCAGAGCUACGACGUUCAAAAAGGCCCAGGAGGUCUAACCCAAAGUAUGCAAAUGCGGCCAUUAUAGAAGAAGAGAAAGAGCCAACAAGUUACGAGGAAGCCUCAAAACAUGAAAAAUGGAGAAAGGCCAUGAAGGAAGAAAUAAGAGCCUUGAUAGAAAAUGAGACAUGGGAGAUAGUACCUAAGCCCAUGAAUGCACAACCAAUAUCCUGCAAAUGGAUAUACAAGGUCAAAACUCGGCCAGAUGGAUCGGUGAAACGAUACAAGGCUCGGUUAGUGGCACGAGGCUUCUCUCAGCAAUAUGGCCUAGACUAUGAUGAAACAUUUAGUCCUGUGGCCAAGAUAACUACUGUUCGAGUUCUAUUAGCACUAGCAGCAACUAAAGGAUGGAAGUUGUGGCAGAUGGAUGUUAAGAAUGCAUUCUUGCACGGGGAGCUUGACAGAGAAAUCUAUAUGGAUCAACCACAAGGGUUUGAAAGUGUCACACAUCCAGGAUACGUAUGCAAGUUGAAGAAGGCGCUAUAUGGACUGAAACAAGCUCCACGAGCAUGGUAUGGAAAAAUUGCAGAAUAUUUAGAUCGCAAUGGUUACAUGCUAGCUCCAGCUGAUUCUAGCCUGUUCGUGAAGAAUAGACAAGGAAAAUUGUCCAUAGUACUUGUCUAUGUGGAUGAUCUCAUCAUCACUGGGGAUGAUGUGGCAGUGAUUUCACAAAUCAAGGAAAAUCUCUCAGUGCGCUUCAGGAUGAAGGAACUUGGAGAAUUAAGGCACUUUCUCGGGCUUGAAGUUGAAAGAACUAAAGAAGGAUUAUUUCUCUGUCAACACAAGUAUGCAAAGGAUCUUCUAGAGAAAUAUGGAAUGCUGGAGUGCAAACCAGUAACUACUCCAGUAGAGAUCAGUGCAAAACUUUGCUCUACAGAGGGAAAAGACUUAGAAGACAGAACGAUAUAUCGACAGCUGGUAGGAAGUUUGAUCUACCUAACACUGACGAGGCCGGAUAUAUCAUAUGCAGUUGGGCUGGUUAGCCGUUUCAUGGAAAGUCCAAAGAAACCUCAUCUAGAAGCAGCAAAGCGGAUUUUGCGAUACGUAAAAGGAACUGUUAAUCAUGGAAUCUUCUACAAGAGAGGCGGAACAGGAGAACUAGUUGGAUACUGUGAUGCUGAUUACGCUGGAGAUCUUGAUACCAGGAAAUCAACAACAGGAUAUGUAUUCAGCAUCGGAUCUGGACCAGUGUCAUGGUGUAGUAAAAAGCAAUCUACUGUGGCACUAUCUACGACUGAGGCAGAAUACAAAGCUUCAGCAAUGGCAGCUCAAGAAUGUGUGUGGCUAGUACAACUUCUACAAAAUUUGGGACAACAGGUGAACUACUCAGUACCGAUAUAUUGUGACAACCAAUCAGCCAUGCGACUUGUGGAGAAUUCUGUAUUUCACGCAAGGACAAAGCACGUGGAGGUACAAUAUCACUUUAUCAGAGAGAAGGUACUGCAAGGGUUUGUCAGCAUGAAGUACGUCAACACUGAAGAUCAGGUUGCUGACAUUUUCACUAAAGGGUUAAGCGGACCACGACUUCAAGAUCUCACGAGAAGGCUCGGAGUAACGGAAAAAGACCAAAUAUAUUUUAAGGGGGAGAAUUGAGGGAUUAAAAUAUAUUUUAAAUAUAUAAAAUUAGUUGAGAUAUUUUGAAAGAAGAAAAAAUCUAGAACAGAAAAGAGAGGGAAGGUUGAAAGAGAAGAAGAUGGGAGAAUGAAGAAUGGUCUAGAGAAAGAUUAAAAUAAUAAUUGGUGGGAGAUUUUUUGUGGUGUAUGUCGGUUGCUAGCUAGUAUAAAUAGGGGUCUUGCUCAUUGUGGUAGGGUGUGGAGUGAAGUGAGAAAAGAAAAGAAAGAAAAGGAAGAGGGAGUGACGUGAGUGGAAGAGAGGAGUGUGGUGAGUUGUGAGAGAGAAAUUAUAGUGUGGUGAGGUUUAUGUUUGUAAGUGUGAGCUCUCUUGUAAAAUAAUAAAAUAGUGAGUGAAGUUUGUGAAAGUGUCAAUUUAGCCCACUAAAUUCAACAUAACACAUAUUCGAGAUUUAGGUUUACCAAGUAAUGACAGGAGGGGAAAGUUAGACAAAGAUAGUUUUACCAGGUUUAGUUUUAGUUUGCGACUUGCGCACGUCUGUUUUCACUUGGAGCCUGGAAUAACACUUUUUUGCGACCAUUAGUUUGGUCAUGAAAAACUGUUUUCUCGAGGGUUUUUUGUACACUUGCUAGGAUUAUUCUUUGCAAUGAUUUUGAUAUUUUUGGCGACCAUUUGUUUGGUCACAAAAACUAUUUCCUUAUGGUUUAUCAUACACGGCUCCAAUGCCAUAUAUAAUUUGCAUUAAAAUUAUGGGAAACCCCCUAAACUAAUGGUUUGAGGUAGGAGGAAAGAUAAUGUUGCCAGGAGAACAUAUAUAGAUCAUAUGUUCUUUCAGUGUGAGUGCUCGUUUAAUGUUUUGAAAGGUUGCUUGCAGAUGUUUCAGCAGUUCAACGGCAAGAAAGAGACUGCCACACAGUUGGGAGGUUGGUCUGGAACAUGGCCAUUAGCUAGGCAUUAGUAUGAUAUGGCGUGAACGAUGUGCAAGAGUUCAUGGAGGGCAAGUUAAUCUAUGUAGUGAAGUAGUGAGAUUGGUUUACAUGUGGAUUGUAGUAGUUUUCAUGUAAUUAGAGGGUAGUUUAUGGUUGUUUGUGAGUAGUACUGUACGUGUAGACUUGUGCAGAAAACACUGCAGAAUUGUUUAGUGCUGUAACUUAUCAGAUGUUGUUCUCUGUUUUGAGAACACAUUGAGCUGAAUAUAAAGUUUUUAUAUGG